UUCAAUGUGAUCAAUGGUGGAUCUCAUGCAGGGAACAAGUUGGCCAUGCAAGAGUUCAUGAUCCUGCCGGUAGGAGCAAGUACCUUCAAGGAAGCAAUGCGCAUCGGGACAGAGGUUUAUCACAACUUGAAGAGCGUGAUCAAGGCAAAGUAUGGCCAGGAUGCCACCAAUGUGGGAGAUGAAGGAGGCUUUGCCCCCAACAUCCUGGAGAACAAAGAAGCUUUGGAACUGUUGAAGACCGCUAUAAGCAAUGCUGGCUAUACAGACAAGAUAAUCAUUGGCAUGGAUGUGGCUGCCUCAGAGUUUUACCGUGCUGGAAAGUAUGAUCUGGACUUCAAGUCAAAGGACAACCCCUGCCGUUACAUCUCCCCUGAUGAGCUUGCUGACCUGUACAAGAGCUUUGUUAAGGACUACCCAGUUGUCUCGAUUGAAGACCCCUUUGACCAGGACGACUGGCCAGCCUGGUCCAAGUUCACUGCCAGUGUGGAUAUCCAGGUUGUGGGUGAUGACCUGACUGUGACUAAUCCCAAGCGUAUUGCGAAA